AUGUCUCGAAGAGCAACCACCUCCACCGACUCUGACCGUGCCUUCGAGGCCUUGUACCAUCCAGUUCCUCAGGCGCCACUGGCAUCGGCUCCUGCUAGACCAUCGCUUGAGACCACCUUGGAUGGCGAUGAUGAUGGGAUUUCCGGUGGGCUUGAUGGCAGUGCGAUCUCAGUGGAAGCCGACGGGCGCAUCCACUGGAUACACUUCAUACUUGGCUGCGCCGUGCUCCUGCCUUGGAACGUCAUGAUCACUGCAACACCGUAUUUUUUAUCUCGUCUGGAGGGAUCCUCUUUGAAGAGUUCGUUCAGCUCGUACCUGUCAACCACCUUCAUGGUUUCCAACUUCAGUUUCUUGGCCCACGCGACGGCUACGGCUCAGCAGAGUUCCAACUCUCGUCGUGUUCUCUGGUCUCUCGCUGCACUGGCAAUCUUAUGCGCCACGCUCACACUUAGCACGUGGAUGCACCCAUCUCCGGGUCUCUUCUUCGCCUUCGUGCUCCUGAAUGGGAUGCUGCAAGCCGCCGCAGGUUCAUAUUUACAAACUGCCGUCGUUGCUGUCGCAUCGCUAUUCGGCCACAAGGCCAUGCAGGCCGUCAUGUCUGGCCAAGCCGCGGUCGGUGUAGUGGUCAGUGGGGUACAGGUAUUGAGCGCAGCCGCAUCCAUGCGGAAUGCAUCUCCUUCCCCAGCGCCCUCUCUUGAAGCUUCAGCCUCGAGAACGCCGGAAGAAGUCUCUGCAUCUCUAUUCCUUGGAUUGUCCACUAUCUUCUUGAUCAUCACUCAAGGUGUGCACAUGUGGAUGAUGAGCUUACCUGCAUACAAGACACUAUCAUCAUCCAGAGCUAUAUCUCGUAUAUCAGAGCCUCAUAGCCUCGAUGAAACUCAAAUUCUGACUUCUGAGACGUCCGUGCACAAGAGUUUGAGCGGGAAAACCCAAAUUGUCCGGAUGGCCAAGCUCAACCUACCAUACAACUUCGCUGUUGCUUAUGUGUUUGCAAUCACUCUCUCCGUAUUCCCUCCGAUCACUGUCUCUAUUCAAUCCACGAACCCUGCUAUGCAUCCGCUGCUGUUCAGUGCCAUCCACUUCCUAAUAUACAAUAUCGGCGAUUUCUUGGGCCGCUUCCUCUGCUCUAUCCCGCGCCUCCUUGUCUGGUCCGCCAAUCGACUCGUUGCAAUUGCGCUCGCACGCACUCUGUUCAUCCCACUGUUCUUAAUGUGCAACGUCCAAUGGUCGUCGCCCGUAGCGGUUGGCCCCAUUAUUACAUCUGAUGCGAUGUUCAUGCUCAUUCUACUACUCUUCUCAACAUCAAACGGAUAUGUGUCGAGCAUGUGCAUGAUGUCUGCACCAUCUGUGGCACAUAACCCGCGUCUCAAGGGACGCACACAAGAUGUGGAUAUUGCUGCCACAGUAGCGAGCUUCUGCUUAGUGGGUGGGUUGACCGUAGGGAGUAUAGCGAGUUUCGCCGUUAGAGCCAUGGUAUGUGAUUGUAAUCCAUUUAGAGAUUAA